GAGGGGAAGAGGAGAAGGGGUUUGACAUGUCGGAGCGUCCGGGGUCCAGGUCCGGAUCCGGGAUGCCGAGGCCCGGAGCGGUGCGGCCCAUCGGGGCCGAGGCUCUGGUGGCCCUGCUGGAGGGGGUGGACCGGGUGGUGCUGAUCGACAGCCGGCCCUUCGUGGACUACAAUGCCUCGCACAUCCUGGAGGCCGUGAAUGUGAACUGCUCCAAGCUGAUGAAGAGGAGGCUGCAGCAGGACAAGGUCCAGAUCGCCGAGCUGCUGCAGCACUCGGCCAAGAAGAAGUUGGAGCUGCAGGGCGAUCAGGAGGUCGUCGUGUACGAUCAGAGCUCCUCCGACCCGGUGACUCUCAGCUCCGAGUCUUUCCUCAGCGUCCUGUUGGUGAAGCUGGAGAGGAGUUUCCCCUCUGUCCACCUGCUGUCAGGUGGGUUCUCUGAGUUCUCCCACCUGUUCCCCGGUCUGUGUGAGGGAAAGUCCACUCUGGUUCCCUCCUGUAUCUCCCAGCCCUGUCUGCCCGUCACCAACAUCGGACCGACCCGCAUCCUGCCUCACCUGUACCUGGGCUGCCAGAGGGACGUCCUCAACAAGGAUCUGAUGCAGCAGAACGACAUCGCCUACGUCCUGAACGCCAGUAACACCUGCCCCAAACCAGACUUCAUCCCAGACUCUCACUUCCUGAGGGUUCCUGUCAACGACUCGUUCUGUGAGAAGAUCCUGCCGUGGUUGGACAGAUCGGUGGAGUUCAUAGAGAAGGCCAAAGCCUCCAACGCUCGGGUCCUGGUUCACUGUCUGGCCGGGAUCUCUCGCUCAGCCACCAUCGCCAUCGCCUACAUCAUGAAGAGGAUGGACAUGUCUCUGGACGAGGCGUACAGGUUUGUGAAGGAGAAGAGACCGACCAUCUCUCCCAACUUCAACUUCCUGGGUCAGCUGCUGGACUUUGAGAAGAAGAUAAAAAGUCCUCACGGUACAGAAACUAAACUAAAGUCCCUCCAUCAUCAGGAGCCCGGCGCCGAGGCCCCCGCUCAUCCCGAGGACCCGGAGCCUCCGGCCUGUCCCGAGGCCCCCGCAGGCCCCGGCCUGGCCCUGCUGGAGCCCCUCACCCUGCCCUGCGUCUUAGCCGACGCCCCUGAGGAGCGUCUGCUGGCUCAGGCUCUGAGUGGCCUGCAGCUCCCUGACGGACCCGAGGACAACGCCCGGCUGAAGCGCUCCUUCUCCCUGGACAUCAAGUCGUACGGCGAGCCGGGGGGGAACGCCGCUCACCGAGUGUUCGUCCCUCACGGCGGAUCGGGAGACGCUGCCGACUUCUACAAACCGUCAGCCUUCAAAGAGCCGACCAGUAAACCCUGCCAGUUCUCCCCGGUGGAGGAGGUGUCGGAGCAGUCCACUCCGGAACAGAGCCCCGACAAGGAGGAGGCCGACGGCCCGGAGCGAGCACCACCGGCCUCCUCUUCCUCCUCGUCCUCAGGCAGCUUCACCAAACCUCCGCCCGCCGCUCCAAACUGUUCCCAGCAGCUGCACCGGAGCGGCAGCAUGGAGGAGAACGCCACCAGCUUCCUGUUCGGCCUCUCCCGCAGCCAGCAGCACCUGGCCAAACCGGGGUCCGGCGGGGCCCUGAAAGGCUGGCAUUCGGACAUCCUGCUGGGCCCCGUCACCGUCUCCACCUCCUCGCUGGCUGGCGGUUGGUACCUCUCCUCCGACUCCACGCGGUUCUACUCCACCUCCAUCCUGAGCGGCGGCAGUGGAGGCUUUGCGGCGUACAGCUGCGGCCACGGCCUGGAGGCGGUGCGGCGGCGCAGCCGGCAGAGGACGGGCGACCGCGGCGACUCGAGGAGGAGCUGGCACGAAGAGAGCAGCUUCGAGAAGCAGCUGAAGCGACGCAGCUGUCAGAUGGAGUUUGGAGACGGGAUGACGGACAGCAGGUCCAGGGAGGAGAUGGGGAAGGUGGGGAGUCAGUCGAGCUUCUCUGGCAGCAUGGAGAUCAUCGAGGUCUCCUGAAACCGACCCUGGAACGGUUCUUCAGAUAUCUCACGCUCGGUUGGGACGAGGACGACCGACGCAGCUUCGACUCCCCCGACGUCAAACGGUUCAACAACCUGAAACGUAGAGAAACGCAGCAGCAGCACAGAGCGGCAGGUUGAUGUCAAACAGGCGGAGGAAAGAGUUUAUCUGGAAAUGAGGUUUUAAAAAACGUCGUCUCAUAUUCAAAGACUCGACUGCUGCAUCUACAACAGAUGUCAGAUAUUUGUACCAGAGUCAAACUUUGUGUACAGAGAGAUGAAGAACAGGUGGUUUGUUGUGUUGAUGGUGAAUCGGUUUCACCUGCAGGAGUCUCUGCUGCUGGAACACGUUUGAUUUGGGAGCAAAUAAAUGAAGUAAAAACAGAGGAAAUGAUUUUUAAGAGAUAUAUUUUAAAGCCUUUAUUAGAGAUAGACAGAUGAUGAAUGACAGUGAUCAGACUCCAUCAGGCUUAAAUAACAUGGACCUGAUGAUUCAAUCAGCCUCACAAACUGACCUGAAAUCAGCUGAUUCAUUUUCCAUUUCACAGACCUGAGAUAUUUUCUUGAUUGUCUUUGUUCUCAGAUGAUUUUUCAGUCAGUAAAAUCAUGAUUGUAUUUAAUAUUUACAGCUGAUUUAUUCCUGAGGAACCUUUCACACCUGCUGUUGGAGUUAAUGUGAAAGGACCUUAGAUCUCCACCUGUUGAUUAGUUCUGUGCUUUAGUUUCAGAAACACAGAGACAUUAAAUUAUGUACAUUUCAGUAAGAACUGGAAAAAGGCGGAGUAGAUCCGACCUGGAGGAACUCGUAGUAAAACCUUUGAGGCGUCUGUCGUUGAGCCGCCGUGUGCUGCUGCUGCUGUGAACCGUCUCUUUCCUCUGACGGACUCUGAGCCUCCGGAUGUUUCGUCUGGUUCGUGGAUGAAGAGCUGAAUAAUGAAGACGAUGAUGAUGAUUUUCUCAAAGACACGAGGAACAGAACUGAAACCUGUGGAACUGGAACAGGAACAGUUGUUUUUUCCUCUGAAGGUCUCAGCUGUACCUCACCAUCCAAAACCUGCCUGUUGUUAUUCAGAUGAAUGAAGAAGCUUCAGUGACGGUGAAAUCUCAGGUGUUGUUUGAGCUGCAGGGAAAGAGAAGGACUGAAAACUCUUCACCUGUCCUGAGGAUCACUGAAGAGGACCCGGGUUUAGGGGACGAUGGUUCGGUUUAAUCACUCACAGACGUAUUCACAGUUAAUCUUUGCACUACUGUGGUUUGGAGAUGGAUUUGAUUCAAAGUGUAUAAAACAGUAAAAAGAGAAACGAUGACGAUGAA